AUGUUUCCCGGUGCGUUGAUGGCAAAACAGCCAGAACUGUUGGAAGUGUUUUUUUUUUCUUCUUGGUCGGUUUUUCCGAAGCAGCCUGGGGUAGCCAGCGUUUUAUAUAAUAGAGUUCGAUGGGCUACACGACUUGCGUUGUACGAAACCGCAGCCCGAGCAGACGUAGUAUAUAGAAUGUCGCCAGGGUUCGCAGAGAGCGUGUUGUCGAGCAGGGCGACCGAGCUGCAGCAGGACGGGUUUUUCCACACAGACGAUAUGAUCGCGGACGGUAACAGCGUGAACUCGCUGUCGCUGGACAUCCGCAACACGAGUGGCAGCGUCUCGACGACGCUGCACACAACGGGCACGACCAACACGCCGGCCACGAACGUGAACAGCUUCCCCUCGCCGGAGUUGAACGGGGAGCUGGGCGUCAAGGCGCUCGAGCAGCAGCAAAAUAGCGCAGUUGAGCAGCCGGUAUCGAGCGGGUCAUCCGGCACGAACGGCGGUGGUGUGAAGAGCUACGAGUAUUAUAAAGCGGGCCAGCGCAACGGGAGCGGUGGCAGCGGGGUGGGAGUGCGGAUCUCACACAGUCACACGUUGUCUACGCCGACUGCGAUGAGUGACUUUAUUGCGAUGCUGGACGCGCAAUCGGCGAUCCAGCAGCAGUGGAAGAACAGCGGUGUUGGUGAGGGCGUGGCGGAGGAAAACAUGGUGUUGGGGCAGUCGAGUUUGAACUACGAGAGCAACUCGGACCUGUCGUCGAACGAGUUUGCCAGCGGGGCGGCGGUCCAGACGCAGGGCGACAGCGGGUCGCUGUCGCCGCUGCAGAAGAAUGGCUCGGCGCCGUUUGUGGAGCCGAACGUUUUGAAAAACAACAUGUUCAUGGACUCGUUUGCGAUGGCGGCGGGCGGCGAGUACGAUGUGUUCCAGCAGCCGGGUGUCGGGGCGUCGCUGGAUGAGUAUGUGUCCGCGGAGCUGGUGGGCGACGACGCCAACGCGCGGAAGCUGGCACAGAUGCACAGCAACGCGGGCAGCGGGCUGUUCAGCCACGACAGGAGACACAGCGAGGUGAUCACACAGGCGUUGCCCGAGGUGACGGCGGCUCGCGGGUCGAUCUCGCACUCGAUUGACUUUUGGAACUUGGACGAGCGCAGGGCGACGCAGCCGGCGUUCGGCAUCGACAACGACGUGACGCAGGUGCUCAACGACUACAACAUGAGCUUCACGCGGACGCCGCGUCGCGCGUCGUCCAGCGCGAACCCGGGCUUUCAGAGACAUGGGGUCAAGAAGCAGCCGAGAGGGUCGAUGUCUGUGUUGGACGGGUCGCUGAACAACGAUCUGUUUUCGAAACUGUACAAGAACGGGUCUGGGGCAACCAACGUGAAGCUGGUGCCGUGGGAAAACUCGGUGUUCUCCGACGAGGAUGAGGAGUACGGUACAAGAGGUAUCGAUUCGGGAUUGCCCAACUUGGAGCCGAUUGUGUCGCCGCAAUCGCCGAAAUCGGAGGCGGUGGCAAGGCCAAAGAAUCAGCAGUUCAUUAAGCCGUCGAUGAUGCUGUCGGAAAAUGCGUCGACCGCGGCCAAGAUGGCGACUACGGGCACAGAAAAGAUCGAUUUGAUCUCGAAUCUCGAUAACUGGAACUACGAGCUGACGGUCGACCCGACGAUGAAGAUAAGACGAUCUCCUCCUCCUCAUUACCAGACGAUCAAACCGUCCGCAAUGGCUACCAUUAACUCGAGCAUGAGCGCGCCCGCGGCGUCCAGAAGAAGGCGAUCGACUCCGAACAUCAUGACGAUCCGCAACGGGUCUAGCGGGGCUAGUAUCGGUGGUAGUGGCAGAGGCAAGAGUAGAUCGAUCACGCCGAUGAGCGGCACGGACGAAGAGGCUAAGCCGUUCAAAUGUAAGGAGUGUUCCAAGGCGUUCAGGCGUAGUGAACAUCUGAAGCGGCACAUCAGGUCUGUUCACUCCUCGGAGCGUCCGUUCGCGUGUAUGUUUUGCGAGAAGAAAUUUAGCAGAAGCGAUAACCUGUCGCAACACCUCAAGACGCAUAAGAAGCAUGGAGACUUCUAA